UGUGCACACGCGACAGGGUUUUUCAUGCGACAUCGUGUUAAAGGCACCUUACACAUCCGUAAAAACGUGUAUAAAAUGAUGCGGUGAUUAAUAUCCUCACGUAGUUAAUAACCUGUUCAAUGGAAUUGUAAUAUAAGAAUCUACGUGCAAUAAAUACUUGAAGUUACGAAAGAGAAGCGGAGUCAGAGGGAUUUAAAGCGUGCAUUUCUCUCACGUUUGUAUAGAGUGAGUAAAACGGUGAGCAAAAAGAAGACGAAAGAAAAAGGUAGUGCGACUAACCUGAUCCGAGCGCAGUCAGCGGGUGACAAAUGUCAAGUGCAGUUUUGACUGCACCGCAAAUGAUACGAUUGUCGGUAAAGUUGAUCCUUCGUGUAGAUGAUGGCGAAUCAUGAAAAAAAGAAUGAAUGUCCUCGGUCAACGUCGAAAAAAGUAAGAUGGUACCUCAGAGACAUGAAAUUCUCGUCGUCGUCGUCUUCCGAAGAGGAGGUGGCUACGGGAUGUGACCCACAACAAGGGCAAGAAGUGUCGCGACGCGAAGUGAAUCCAUUCAGUUUCAAACAUUUUCUUAAAAACUCACAAACAAAUUACUGUGCUGGUGGAGCUCGUCCAAGGAUUUAUACUUCUCCACCACCAAGUCCCAAUAAAUUGGAAAAGGAUUCUACAGUUUACUCCCGUAAUCCAACGGAACUACCAGACUUCGUGCAAGAUCACCUGGUUUUAGAACAGUGUUAUUUGAACCAUGAAGCUACUCAACAAAAUACUUCCGACGUAGAUAAUUUGCCAGACUUUACACUAAACAGUGUAGAACAAAGACAAAACAGACGCAGAAAUGAAUCUGAAGAAAGUGAACCUAUUUUACAUGAUUAUCCCUUCGAUCUGACUGGAAGUAUAGCUAAGACAUUACCAUCUAAUAAUCAAUCUCCACCAAAUGCAAGUUGUUCUGCCCAUUUAAAUUUCUGGGCAGAACGCCCAGAAUCAUCAGGGUUUCCAUUAGAUUUACCAAUACUUGGGGCUGAGCCUGAUUCAAGUCCAAACAUAGCGGCUCAGGUAGCUCAGCUAGCUAACUUAGCUAGCUCAGGACCGAGUGAAGCAAGUGUCCCAAAAUCUUUACCAGAUUUUUUGAACGAUGAUCCUAUUCAUAAUAAAACAACAAUCUCUACAGGCUCUGGCCCUAUUUCAAAUAGUAUAGACUCUACAGAAAGAAGGUUAUUAUUAGAAAAUGAAAAAUUACGACACGAGCUAGAACAAGCAAGAAAAGAAAUCAAUGAAAAAUCUAAAAGAAUACUAAUAUUAAAAGCAGAACUGACUUCUAGAAGAGAUGUAGAACAAGAAGAAGCAGCACAUCUAGAGAAAGCUAUGGAACAGGUUGAAGAUAAUUUAAAACGUAGUACAAGAAGAGUAGUGAAUGCAGAAGGCACCAUCACGUCAUUAAAAAGACAAAUUAAAGAAUUAAGGUUGGAGAAUUGGGAACUUAAAAAUAGAACAGAAAUGGGACAUAGAGUGCAAUGUGAUUCCCCAAACGUAAAUCAAACAGUAAGAAGGCUAGCCAAUGAUUUAAGAAAUGCUGCUUCAUCGGCGGAAAUAUCAUUAAGACAGCUAAUGUCCGGUGUGGACAAUUUAAGAGUACUAGCUUCUACGCUUGAAAAUGUAGAUAAGAUAGAAGAUUCGACCAAAGAUUUUCUAUCAGAUUUUGAUAAAGAUAACUCAUGAAGCUACUGGUCCUACACCUUAAUACAGUUUUAUGUACUCCUCUGUCUAUACACUACCCCUUGUGUCACUUUCUCUCUUAUAUACAUCCCAGCCGAUGCUAUUAAGUUCCUGGAGCUCACGCGACUGCGUUGAGUAUUCUUCUGGAGUCGAUUAGUGAUUUGAUUCAAUUGCCAGGCACGAUGUCCACAUUAUGUUUGUUGUAUCUACAUGUGUUAAUGAUAGCUGUCGUAUUUCGAGUCACGGUAUAAUCACAAAUACGAAACGACUAUAAACUAUUAUCCUUGCUUCAUUUUUCCAUUAUAAAUUAUUUUCGUUUUAAAUCUUAUUUACAAUGUCUAAGUUUCACCGCUAUUUUGUUAUUAAUUACGUUUAUAUAAAUGCUUUUUUAUAGAUCGAUAACAUUAUUAAAAAUGAAAGUCAUCUAUUAUUUAUAAUUAUUAAUGCGUUAAAUGUUAUUUUAAUUUUUAACAACAAACAUGCGUAAAAAUGUGGUUUACGUUGAUCCAUCACGAUAUGACUCUCAGAAAACCAUUAAAGAUUUUAACUUUUAUACAUACGCUUUGUCAGAGAUUUGUAAAUGAAAAGCACUGGUUGGGAUUCACAGUACUAUUCCAAUGUAAUUGUUAAGAAAAAUGUUACUCUAAUGGUCAUUGUAACAAUGUUACGUGUACAGUUUCAGAUAACAUGAUCCAUUUCUUUGUACAUGUCAGCUAGGUAAUUAGAUUUGAAACAGACAAGAUUCUUCAUGUAUUUUUCUAUUUAAGGGGGUACAUGACUCUUGAGUCUCGGAAAAUGUGAAUCUCUUAAAUAAGGCUGUAAUUAUAAUAAAUCAACGAUUAAAUAUGUUUUUUUAAGUGCUGUAUGAUA